AUGAAUAUACAAGUUUUUAGUAAUACACAAAAUCAAUUGGGAGAUGUCAAUUAUAAUAAUAAAUUUACGAUGACAUUACCCGAACAAAUUGAUGGUGAAAAUAAAAAACGAUUUAUACGUGCUUUAAAUGUGACAUAUCCCGUGAUGAUUGAUAAUGUGGAAGAUAAAUCGUGCGGUAUUCGUUUUUCAUAUAAACUUUGCUGGAAUUCCGCAACACCAGCGACACAAACGCAAGUAGAUUACAUUGUAUUUGAAAGAGAUUGGGCGUUUUUACCCCGUGGACACUAUACAUUAAAAAAAAAUAUUAAAGACUUAAAUCGGAUUGUGAAUUAUGGUGUGAAAUUUUCAUUACUUCCCGGUGGUCGUGUUAGUGUAUCGGUAAAUAUUACACCACACUACGUAUUCCGUUAUGGGGACAGUCAUAAUCUUACACACGAUGAAUAUAUUGUAAAAAUGGUCGAUGAUUUUUCUUUUGAAAUGACCAAAGAUUUAAAAUAUAUGCUCGGUCUUGAUGGUUAUGUGUUGCAUCCCGUAGUAGAACGUAUAUUUUUAAAAGGCGGAUUAAAAAGUGGCCCAUUUACUUGGACGGACUCUACACCGCCAACAGAGUUGCAAGCUAUGUUAACCACUAUUUUACACGCUAAUUAUUUGAAUAAAUCAACUAGUCAAUUGUGGUAUUUUUUUUACGGUAAAUACGCCCCAGAUAUGACCAAUGGGAAAACGCGUAUGUUUAUCUAUUGUGACGAAGUUGUACCGUCCAUUGUGGGCGAUGUUCGUGGACCAUUAUUAGCACAUUUACAAAUUGUUCCCCAUAAUGAAAUGGUCUCUGGCGGAUUGCACACACAUAAUUUAUCGUCAAUUAAGCGAGAACUAAUUAAUACCCUAAUUAAACAUUUACAUAUAAGAAUUUGCGAUAUUGAAAAUAAUUUAAUUCAAUUUAACGGUGGUAGUGUAGGGAUCGAAUGUAUAAUUGAAUAAUGGGGACAUUAACAGUAACCUGUCAGAUUGUUCGUAAACAUUGGGUUCCUAUACAAUAUGAAUUAACAGGUUUUGCCGAAACUACAACCGAGGACGUAUAUUACAAUCUUGCUUCAAAAAGAUCGAAUGUUGGAUCUUUUGAUAUGGCAAGUUUUUGGUGUGCUCAUGCAUUACAUUUUAGUGGUAUGGCAAACGGGGAAACAAAAAAAAUAUCCGGACGUUGGUCAGAAGGAACAUUGACCAAUUACAAAAAUAAUUCUAUAUCUAUGAGUGGAAAUGCAUUACAAGCCAUGGUAUUUGAUGAUCAUUUAUUGACGCAUAUGUUUGGAAAUGCAACCGUGAAUACCGUGAAUAUAAACCAUACGAAAAAAAAACUUCCUCAGUAUUUACUUGUUCGUGAUCUAGCACAGUUGAAAGAAAACGUUAUUUUUUAUGUACUUUGGGGUGAUAACAAAAAUAUCCAUACAGGUAGCUUGAACGGAAAGCAAAUAACAUUAGUAUUAAAUCUUUUUGAAGAUAAUAAUGGAUGA